AUGAAUCGAUCAUCACAUAAGAAACAUGGUUCUUCAUCAUUUAAUAAAUUUGUUGCACGUCUUCAACGUACAUUUUCUUCUACAAAUACCAAAUCAUCAACUAUUGUUAUUCAACAACAGCAACAUCAUACUCAUUCAUCAACAUUUUCAAAUCGUUUUCAAUUAUCUGAUAUACUUUAUAAUCCAUCACGUCCAAUCGAAUAUCUUAGCGAAAUAAAAAAUCAAAAUGAUAAUUCUUAUUCAUUUUCUAGUUAUAAUUCAAUAAAUACUCAGCAUGAAGAUGAAUUUAAUUUAUCACAAAUGAAUAUAAGUAUGAAUAACAAUUAUGAUCAUUGUUUACAACAAAAAUUUAUCAAAUUACCCAUUCGAUUACAUUCAACAGCUAUUCAUGAUAUUAGCAAUUGUUGA